UGUCUCAGCGCUUGACCUUGUAUAUGGCAGUAUUGAGGAACGGGUACGUCGCCCCCGGCGGGGGAGGGUGCCCGUGCCACAUCUCGUACGGCGAUUUCUUCUCUGGAUUGGAUGUGGGGGAGGUGCAGUUCAGGGCGUUGCAUGCCCAAGCUAUGGCCACGGCCCAAAGGGAGGGGAAGUUCGGUGCUCCGGGGUAAAAUGUUGGAGCUUGGAUACGGGCGGCUAGUGCUGCAUCCUUGAUCAGACCCAGUGCUCUCUCAGCUACACAGUUGUAUUCUGGGCUGUGUGCUGGGGUGAACUCCUGUUUGAUGCAGUACUUCCGGCACACCUUGCCGAACUCCCCCUCGAAAAACUCUCCUACAUUGUCGGAUCUCACGACCAUGACAUCAGACGGGGCACCGUCUGCCCGGUUUUCUGCAAGGUACCUCUCGAAUGCCUUAGCUGCGUCUGAUUUGUGCUUCAGAAAUAGACACGGUUCCACCUUGUGUAAUCAUCCUUGACAAUGAGAGUGUACCACUUCCCCCCCAAGCUCUGCACCCUAGCUUUUCCACUCAGAUCAACGAAAACUCGCUGCAGUUUCUCAACUGCUCGGGUCGACGUCUUGUUGGG